GUGGGCAAAAUAUACAUUUGGAAGACCGGCAAGGCUAUCCUUCACUUUUUUGUUGCUUAAACAGAAAUAUGGAAGUCUUAUCAUCUUUGUUGCCUGUUUGGGAAGAGCUACAAAGAAGCAAACUCUUCACUAAUUACUUCAUUUCUCUCCUUUUCCUCCUUUUACUUCUCUUCCUUUCUCUUCGCUUCACAUUUUUUCUCGCUAGACCACAAACCAAACUCAAAUUACCUCCAUCUCCACCAAAGCUACCCUUUAUUGGAAACCUUCACCAGCUAGGCAACCCUCCUUACCGAUCUCUCCAAGCACUCUCUCAGAAAUAUGGUCCUCUAUUGCUCUUAAAGUUGGGCUACACUCCAACUCUCCUGGUGUCUUCUGCAGAUAUGUUUAAAGAAAUAACCAAGAUCCAUGAUAUCGUUUUCUCCAAUCGGCCCAAAUCCGUAGCUACUGAUAUUUUCUUUUAUGGAACUUUGGACUUUGCUUUUUCACCAUACAGUGAGUACUGGAAGCAAGCUAGGAAAAUAUGUGUUGUCGAACUUUUGGGCAUGAAAAGCGUGAAAUAUUUCAGAUUUAUCAGGGAAGAAGAAACAGCAGGAUUAGUUCGCGAAUUACGCAAUGCGAGCUCAAGUGGGCUUACAGUGAACCUAGGCCAGAUGCUGAGUGCAACUUCAAGUAACAUACUUUCGAGAUGUAUUCUUGGGCAGAAAUGCCAAGAACACGAAACUAGAAGCCCGUUUGGAGAGCUCGCCAGAAGGGUUACGUUCCACCUUACAUCUUUCAAAUUUGGAGAUUACUUCCCUUAUUUGAGGUGGAUGGACGUAGUCACUGGCAUGGCUUCAAGCCUCAAGGCAACUUUCAGAGAAUUAGACCUUCUUCUUGAAAAGAUAAUUGAAGAUCAUAAGGCUGCUUUGAGUGGUAAGGAUGAACAAUCCUCUGAUCACAAGGACAUAGUGGAUAUUCUCCUCCAGCUUCAAAAAGAUGGCGUUCAUGAUGUGGAACUUACUAAUGACAACAUCAAAGCCAUUUUGAUGGACCUGUUUGCGGGAGGAAGUGAUUCUGUCUCAGCAACAAUGGAAUGGGCAAUGGCAGAGCUUAUUAAUAAUGAAAGUAUGAUGAAGAAAGCGCAAGAAGAGGUAAGAAGGGUGGUAGGGGAAAAAUCAAGCAUAGAUGUGACUGAUAUUAAUCAAAUGGAUUAUUUUAAAUGUGUGAUGAAAGAAACUCUAAGGCUACAUCCAGCAGGUCCGCUGACUUUUAGAGAAACAACAGAAAGUGUGAAAUUGGGAGGCUAUGAUAUUCCUCCUAAAACCAGUAUUACUAUAAAUGUAGGGGCAAUCCAAAGAGAUCCUAAAUUUUGGGAUAGACCAGAAGAGUUUAUCCCUGAGAGAUUUGAGAACAACCAAAUUGAUUUCAAUGAACAAAAUUUUCAAUAUGUUCCAUUUGGUGCUGGAAGAAGAAGAUGUCCUGGUACGACAUUUGCAGUGUUCCAGGUUGAGUAUAUGAUAGCCAAUCUUUUAUAUUGGUUUGAUUGGAAGCUGCCUUAUGAGGAUAAUGGAAUGCCAAAGAACUUGGACAUGACUGAAACUGCAGGGCUCGUUACGCGUAUGAAAAACCCUCUUGUUGUAGUACCAAUACCAAUUAACUAAUGACACCAGUGAAUUUUGCAUUUGGAGAUCAUUGGUUAUUUAAAUACCCCUAGUUAUGUGUGUUAGUCUGUUUAUAUGUAUAAAUAAGGAUCGAAAUCUUUUACUAUUUUUCUUAUUUCCAUCCUGUCUAUUAUUAAUAUGAUGCCACAUAAUUUGAGACAGGAAGGAAAAAGAAAACAAAAGAUUUCAUCAUAAAAUUAAGCUAAAUAUGAAUAAUACCACUCAUUAUAUAAUGAGUGGUUACUACUGAAAGUGUGAUUUACAUAGUAUUUGAGCUUGUUGUGAUUGAAGGAUUAUAGGUGAAGUUAAUGGGCUUAUCAUACUCGUCCAUAUUCACCACAUGAGAACCAAUUGGAUGGUUGUCCAGCAGUGGUGCUCCAGAUUGUAACUUAAGUUUGUUUAAAUAUAAAAAAAUUCAAUUGUAUUAGAUAUAUGGUCAAAACUUAAGUUUUGUUA